AUGGAGAUCGCGCUGGUGACUCUGGAGAACGGCGGCGCCACGGCCAUCGAGGGCGGCGAGGAUGCCGCGGUCGGCGGCGGUAGCGCCCGAGCCCGGUGGCGGGGAGACUUGCUUUAUAUCGCCGGCUCCGCCGCCGCGCCGCGGCUGAGCGACGGCAAGGAAGACGACCCACCACAGUCACCACCACCGGCACCGCCACAGCCACCGCCACAGCCGCCGCCGCUGUCGGCGGACGAGGAGCGGGAGCGGCAGCCGCCGGACCCCCGGGGAGGCGGCGGGAGGCGCCGCAGCAGCGCGAGCAGCUCCAACGGCCCGGCGGCGGCGCACGGAGCACCCCCCGUGCCGCCCCAGCCGCCGGCGCGACCUCCGCUCCCCGGUGCGGCGGUGGAGCUGGGACCCCCGGAGGAAGGGGGACACCGCCGGGGCAUGGCCAUGGCGGCGGCCGGCGAGGAGGAAGAGGAGGAGGAGGAGGGGGAGGCGGCGGUGGUGGCAGCCAGCCGGGCCACCAUGCACCACCAGCGGGUGCUGAUCAACAUUUCGGGGCUGCGCUUUGAGACCCAGCUGGGCACCCUCAGCCAGUUCCCCGACACGCUGCUGGGGGAUCCGGAUAAACGGAUGCGUUACUUCGACCCGCUCCGCAACGAGUACUUCUUCGACCGGAACCGGCCCAGCUUCGACGCCAUCCUCUAUUUCUAUCAGUCCGGGGGCAAGCUCCGCCGGCCCGUCAAUGUCUCCAUCGAUGUCUUCGCCGAUGAGAUCCGCUUCUACCAACUGGGCGAGGAGGCCAUGGAGCGUUUCCGGGAGGACGAGGGCUUCAUCAAAGAGGAGGAGAAGCCCCUGCCUCUCAAUGAGUUCCAGCGCCAGGUCUGGCUCAUCUUUGAGUAUCCUGAAAGCUCCAGCUCAGCCCGGGCCAUUGCCAUCGUCUCUGUGCUGGUCAUCCUGAUCUCCAUCAUCACUUUCUGCCUGGAGACUCUGCCAGAAUUUAGGGAUGAGAGGGAAAUUCCUGUGCCUCUGCCCCCACAAAGUGGAGGUUUGAAUGGCACGACUGGGGACACCCUACCCAUGCAGCCGCCCAGUAGCCUUUCUGACCCCUUCUUUAUCGUUGAGACCACCUGUGUGAUAUGGUUCACCUUUGAACUCCUCGUCCGCUUCUUUGCUUGCCCCAGCAAGCCCGAGUUCUCCCGCAACAUCAUGAACAUCAUUGACAUCGUGGCCAUCAUCCCCUACUUCAUCACCCUGGGCACUGAGCUGGCCCAUGAGCAGCAGCAGCCUGGGACUGGCAGCAGCAAUGGGGGUGGGGGCCAGCAGCAAGCCAUGUCCCUCGCCAUCCUCAGAGUCAUUCGCUUGGUCAGGGUCUUCAGGAUCUUCAAGCUCUCCAGGCACUCCAAGGGUUUACAGAUCUUGGGACAGACUUUGAAAGCCAGCAUGAGGGAGCUUGGUCUCCUCAUCUUCUUCCUCUUUAUUGGGGUGAUCCUCUUCUCCAGUGCUGUGUACUUUGCUGAAGCUGAUGACCCCGAGUCACAUUUCUCCAGCAUCCCUGAUGCUUUCUGGUGGGCAGUGGUCACCAUGACUACUGUGGGCUAUGGGGAUAUGCGACCUGUCACAGUGGGGGGAAAGAUUGUGGGUUCCUUGUGUGCCAUCGCAGGUGUGCUGACCAUUGCCCUGCCUGUCCCUGUCAUUGUGUCCAACUUCAACUACUUCUACCACCGAGAGACUGAUCAUGAAGAGCACACUGUCCUCAAAGAUGAACACAGUAGUGCUCAGGGCAGCACAGCAGGGGAAGAUACAAAGAGAAGAUCCAGUAGAAACUCUCUAAACAAAUCUGUUGUGCACUUGGAAAACAGUGAGGGGUUCAACAAUGACACCAGCUCCUUAGAGAAAACCAAUAUCAAAGCUAAAAGUAAUGUAGAUCUCAGAAAAUCUCUGUAUGCUUUCUGUCUGGACACCAAUAGAGAAACAGACCUGUAA